CGGACUCCCCGAGCAGGUGUUUGUGUUUUCUUUGUUGUUUACAGCGACGAAAAUGAUGAUUUCUUAAAAUACACUUUCAAUUUUUCCUUUAUAACAAUCCAAAAUGUUCAUAGAUGAUAUUAGGCAGGAUUUCUACAACGUCUUAUUGGGGCAUAGAGUAUUACUGCUAGUUCAUUACGACGUCGACGCGAUAUGCACAUGUAAAAUCCUACAAGAUCUUUUUAAGUGUGAUAAUGUGUCGUAUACUUUGGUGCCUGUUGGUGGUAUAUCUGAGCUGAAGACGGCUUACGAAGAGAAUUGUGAGGAGAUAAAGUACGUGGUGCUGAUAAACUGCGGUGGUACGAUCGACCUGGUGGACAUUCUGCAACCAGAGGAGGAUGUCGUGUUUUUUGUGCUUGACUCUCAUAAACCGACUGAUGUGUGUAAUGUUUAUAGUGAUGGACAGGUGAGACUGGUACAUAGAGACAAUGAGGAGAACAUUCCAGACUUUGAUGACAUCUUCAGAGAUGAUGAGGAAGAGAAUGAGGAAGAGGAGCCAGAGGGCGGCAGGGAAGCCCUCGAAGCGGCGGUGGAGCGCCGCCGUGCUCGCCGAGCCUGGGAAGAGCGCCGACACACCCUCAUGUUCAACUACACACAGUUCUCUUAUUAUGGCAAACCAAGUGCGUGCGUGCUGCUAGAGCUGUGCCACGUGGCGUCCCGCUGCGGCGUGGCGGCGCUGUGGGCGGCCAGCGUGGCGGCCGUGGCGGCGCGGGCGCAGGCGCAGCGCGCGCCCGCCGCCUGCCUGCUGGACGCGGACACGCUGCACCGGCUGGUGGCCGGGCUGCGGAGGACCGGCGGCGACGACACUCAAGCUCGCCUGGCGCUGGAGAAGGAAGCGUGGCUGCCCCUGUACCGCGUGUGGUCGCUGGAGGCGGCGCUCAAGCACUCGCCUCUGGUGGGGCCGCACCUUAAGAUGCACACGCUCGCCGGCGCCAAUAAACUAAGGCAGCUGCUCGCUGAUAUGGGCUUCCCACUGCAACAAGCCCGCCAAGCGUACCGUUCAAUGGAUGUGGAGCUCCGCCGAAGCCUCAUAACAGCGUUAGAGACCUCAGCCCCCAAACACAAGCUGCCCACCCCGGUAGAAGCAACUUUCUUGUUGUACCGGCCACACUCACCGCCCCUACCUGCGUUGGAUGUCACCUACGCUAUAUUGGGGCUUAUCGAACAUCAAACCCUGCCGCCGGCGGAAGGCUUCCAGCACGCGCUAUCUGCCCUGGACAUCCUGCCCGGCUGCUGCGAGUCCCGGCGGCUGGGCUUCGCGUCGGCGCAGGCGGCGCUGCAGGGCGUGGCUCGCCUGGUGCACAGCACCCUGACGUCGCGGGGGUUGCACCUCGCGGGGCCGUUCAGCUACUUCAUUGUUCAAGAGGGCACCCCAGAGGCGGAGCUAGUGAAGGGUCCUCACUGGCUGGGCGUAGCGACGCGCUGGCUGAGCGCGGCGGGCGGCGGCACGCGGCCGCUGCUGGGCGCCGCGCCCGCCGCCGGGCCCGAACGCGGCCGCAGUCUGCUGCUGGGGCUGCCGCCGCGGGCCGACCACGAGCCGCGCAAUCUCUUCGGCGCAGCGUUCGAGCAAGCGGCGGCUAAGAGCGGCGUAUCAGUGUCCAUAGACUAUAUAGACUCCUCUGUCAUCACGCUGCCUACCUCCCAACGCACGCAGUUCCUUGACGCACUCACAGCGCUACUUGCGUGACACAGAUAAAGAAAUAGUCAUAAAAAUAAAAUUAUUUUUCGCUCAAAAUAUGCAACAAAAAUGUAUCGAUUUUUACAUUUAGUUAUUCGCUGUUAUAAGGGCACUGACCGCAUGGUAUACUUUUUGAAAAUCAGCUGAUCAAAUAUUGAUGUAAUGUUUACACAGAGUACGACGUUUCGGACCGUAAGCAGUUUGGGCCACUGAGCGAAUCAACUAAUGCUCUUUUUAAAUAGGUUCUUUUGCAGCGCUGUGGCUGUACCGGUUCAAAUAUUCGCACCGCGGUCCGAAAUGGCUAUUGCCCAAACAAAUCCGACAGCCAGUUCCGCUUAUGACGCUUUUUCAUCUCUGUGUGCGUUAGGCUUCAAACUCAGUACUCGCCACACGGCAACACAUACGGAAUGAGGGACUAUCCAGGCUUCGUUCGUCAAAAACAAUAUAGAUGGCGCUAUAAAGAUUUUCCUUCGUUUAACCUAAUUUCAAGGAUAACAAACAUCCAUCAUCAUCAGCCCAUUAACGUCCCCACUGCUGGGGCACGGGCCUUCCCUAUGGAUGGAUAGGGAGAUUGGGCCUUAAACCACCACGCGGGCCCAGUGCGGAUUGGUGGUUAUUAACGACUGCUAAUGAAGCCGGGACCAACGACUUAACGUGCCUUCCGAAGCACGGAGGAGCUCGAGAUGAAAACUUUUUUUUUCUGUGGUCACCCAUCCUAUGACCGGCCUUUGCGAAAGUCGCUUAACUUCAACAAUCGCAGACCGAGCGCGUUAACCGCUGCGCCACCGAGCUCCUCAAUAACAAACAUAUGCAUCUUUUAUCUUUGUUUUUGGGUAUAAAGGAUGACCCUUUUUAUUACACCCAGGCACAAUUACAUCUUCCACACAUUAUUAUUUUGAUCAAAAUAAAGAGAAGCAAUAUAUGUAGC